AUAAAUCACAAAACACCCGCAGUCGAGUCCACACGCGCACGAAAAGGCUGGGUCCUGCAAUUUGCAAAAUACACUUUCUUUUUAAAAACGAAUUUAACUUCAAGUUGCUGCAUUAUUGCAUGGACUGCUGUAAGCUAUCUUAUUUAGUUCAGCAAUGGCCGACAUUGCUAUAUUUGGCACUCCACCAGAGCCAGUCUUUAAUCUCAAGGGGCGUUGCCUGUCGUCUGAGCUUCUUGAAGAAUUGCUGUAUGUACAGGCUGCUCAGAAUGAGAAUGCAGUCAAAAAUGCCUGCAGUACAGAUGGGGCCUUUAAACAAGGAUCCAUUGCGGAAAUGGUGUUCCUGGUAUGCGAUAAAUUUAAUCAGCCUCCUGAGGCCCGCUACCUAGCAGUGGAGAUCUUUGACAGAUUCAUGACCAAGUAUGUCCAUGACCAGUUCAAGAAGUUACACUCAGACAAAGGAGGAGGCAAGAAGACAAACACGACCUGGAACUCUUUCUUGAAGAAAUUACAGAAACAUCUCAAGUUGUACAUCAUGUCCUGUGUGCAGAUAGCGAGCAAGAUGUGCUCCCAUUACAAAAUUUUGACCAAUCGGAAGUGCAGCCGGUUUCUCCUCAACGCUGGCCUAGGAUGUACCUCAGCAACCAUCUUAAGGACCGAACUGACCAUCUUGGAGACACUAGACUAUCGAGUCUACAACACCUCACCCCUCACGUACAUUGAAACACUCCUUGAGAUCAUGGGUCAUAAUGAUAAUACGACCAGUGUGAAAAUCCUGCACGAGACCAGCUUGAAAGUGAUGGACCUAGCGUAUCUGAAACGGGGCUCCGUAUACGACCAACUCUUCAGGGUGGCUAGUGGGAGAAAGACUUCUACCCCGGAGGAGAGGGAGAAGUUUGCGUUGGUUGAGCAUGACAUGAUGUUAUUUGCAAUGGCGGUAAUUGGUGCAGCAUCCUAUGUGACUGACAGGACUACCAGUGAUCAGGUAAUCAAUCAUGUGGGUCGUAUCACAUGCAUCCCCACAAACGACAUCCUGGAGUUUGCUACGGUUCUUGUCCAGAAUCUCCAUUCAGAUGAUCACCCAUGAGGCAACUACAGCACACAAUGUUGACUGACUUGUAUUUUUUUUCAAGAUUUUUGUUUUCACUAUUAUAAGAAAGCACAUAAUAACAAGUGUAAAUAGUUUUAAAGGUUUUGUUUUUUGUUUCAGUUUAAAUUUUCAAACACAUCCGCAAAAAAAAAAAAGACUGGAAAGCUGUGACUUGUAUAUAUUCUAGUGUACUAGAGCUCCACUGAUAGAGCAGGGCCAUGUUGGUUUUCUCAAAAUAUGGGGGUUUUUUUGGGGGGGGGGGUGAAAAAUAAGUCAGUGAAACACAAAGCAAGUAUUGAAACCUUGUUUAUGCUAAUGACAACAUCAAAGAGUGUAGUUACUUUCAUUCACGUAUUAGUAAUUUUAUUACGUAUUAAACCUACUCAAAGUAUUGAUAUAGUUUU